GUCAUGCAUGUUCUGCUGACCCCGAUGUCUGGUGGCUUACAGAGAGAAACAAAAGCUUGUACCACAAAGAAAUAAGCUUGCUGUUACAAUUGGGACCAUUUGGCUUUUGUUUUCUCUUUUUCCUAAAAAUUAAUCUCCUAAGCAGCCGACGGCACCAAAUCACAGAAGAAACUUGUGAACGAUGUUUAAGCAUAUUAAGGCUGGUGUUAUGCUGACUUUCUUUUGCAUCUGGCAGAGGAUUGACUUAUUUUUUGGUCAGGAAUCCUGACGUGAAGUGGCCGCAUGGACGCUUGCUGGUACCUGGGGUGUUCCCUGCAGCCGUGUUCUGUAGCAAAGGGAUGAAAAUUUAAUGUUUAGGAAGUUCUGGUGGAGAGAGUGCAUGAAUCGUCUUUUUGAAUGGCUUUAACGGACUGCCUCAUUCACGUUGUCUCAAUUUAAGGUUCCUCCCUGACUUCAGAGAUGAGCAGAUCCUCUUAAAACUCCAUCUGAAGUAGCUGAAGCGACUCUUGGAAUCGGUCAUCUGGAAAUUGAUAUUCUGUCUGUUCCGCGGGGCCUGGGGCUGAAAACCUUUAGGCUAGCUUAAAAAAAAAAAAGCGACGCUCUGAUCCCAAAGCAUGCACACAUCUGCCUCUUUUGUUCUCUGUCCUCCAAAGCUUUUGUUUUGCUUCUUAAUAUUAAGAGUUCGGAUGCCGGCAGCCUAGAAAGGAGGUUUUGAAGUGUUCUUUAAAGACUUCCUGGUUUUGGGAGAGAGGGAAGGAUUCAUUUUCUAACAGUUCGACCGACUGUAUGGGAUUAGUGUAGGAUCAAGUGAUUCCCCCUGUGCAGGAGGAAGGAAGUAUCCCAUAUUCUCUGUUUCUCAAAUCCUGGCUGGAAUUCUCUUCCCACCGACCUGCCCUUCGGUGGCAGCCAGCCGUUAGGUUGAUUGGAGUCCUGCCAUUUACUUUCACCUUAAAUAAAAAGGGAAUGAGAAAACCGAACCUUUUUGGACCCUGUGUUAUAUUACAGUGAGGCCUGGGCUAAUACCUGCAGCUCACUGCUGAAACCAUUUUUUUUGUGGUUUAAGCCAAACCUUUUCAUUUUCUGAAUGUGUUUUUCUGAGUUCUGGCUGUAGGAAUGACAAAUUAAUGCCAACUCAACUCCUUUUUUUUGUCAAAACGUCAAGAACGUUUCCCUUGUUGAGGACUUCAUAACAUUGCAACGUACAGCAUUUUUUAAACUUUUAACAGUUAAUCUAUCAUUAAAGAAUCUUCUAUGUUUGAGUAUCGAUUACAAUCUUUAUUCAUUAUUUAAGACUGUUUUCUUGGCUCAUGGCAUACAAAUGCUGUCAUCCUAAGUUGUUGUUGUUUUUUUUUCCCCUCACCAGCUUUGUCACCGAAGAAGAGGAAGCCAUGGUGUGCAUUCCUUGUAUUGUCAUUCCCAUUCUCCUCUGGGUCUACAAGAAAUUCCUUGAACCGUAUAUCUAUCCCGUUAUCACACCUUUCAUUAGGCGCGUAUGGCCCAAGAAAGCCGUGGGAGAAACAAUAGCCACAGAACCAGGUCAAGGAGGCAGCGCUGGAAAUCCACGGGCACCUUCAGCCACGAAAAGACACCAGGAGGAUGAGCCUGGAAUUUAUAAAUUUGAAAGCAACGGCGUUGCAAAUGGAGUCGCUGCAAAGAGAUCCGCGGAAGUUUCUGACAAGAAAACGGACUAAAGGAGUUCAUUCCUGAGGAUUUUAUUCCCUUGUGUCCAAUAUGAACUGGUGGUAUUUCUCUCACUUUGAGACUUUUUUUCUUUGCACAUUUUAGCUGAAUAAAAACCCUUAUUGCUGACAGGAGAGGGUCUCUAUUGCCACUAAAAUGGCAGCUAGCACAUUUCAUAAUUUAAAACGUUUGAAAACUAAGUUCUUUAUUUUCCUCACUGGAACUGCUUUUCAUCUAUCAUCUAUUUGGUGUGAUUAGAAUUCAGGUUCAAUAACUUAUGAAUAAAUCUAGCUUUGGAAGGUAAAUGCAUCUUAGCAUCUUCCUUUCACUAACUGCUAGUGCAAUACUUCAGGCUUUCACCUUAAAAGCUGUAGCUAUUCUUCACCUUGCUAAAGAACUAAUGAAUUGCAUUGUGGCAAUGUAAGUGUCAUGGUUAAAUUAGGAAGAAUUUAGAUUUCUCACGUCAAAUCUGUGGAUGAGCUAAUGGAGUUACGCUAUAUGCAAAAUCUACUUAGCUUACUCAAAGCAUGGAGUCUUGAUUUGAUACUUCUAUGAAUUGUUUUCCUUGAAACAUUGUGCCUUUCUUUUCCUGAAGAGGAGCAGCAGGGGCAUGAUGCAAGAAGAAUUGUUGCUUUAUAUUCUGUUGCAGUGGUUUAAAAUGGUGCAGUUCUGUCUUUUAAAAAAACAAACAACAAACAAUUAAGAUCUCUUUAACAUGCUUGUGAAUUAUAAUAAACCAGAACUUUAUUUAAAAACCAGUUGCUUCACACAAUUGUUCUUAGGCUUCUGAGCUAUAAAUAUUUAGAGCGGUAAUAAAAUCUUUGAAAGCCUGUAGAUGGUUUUUAGAUCCAGGCAGGAGGAGGUCGUAAAGCUGGUGACUUUGUGAUAAAGAAAGUGAACUCGGCAAGUCCAGCAUUCUGGGGAGGUGCUCUCUGCUACUGACCUGCGUCCCAACGCGAUAGUGCCACUGUGAAGCCUUUAGCUGUCCUUGCGAUUAGUAGGGAAUAGAAGUGAUAAUUCCUGCUUUGUCCUCUCUGCCAAACCAGAGAGCGCUUGGAAAAAAAA